ACCGUCAGCUCCCCCUUCUGUGUCCAUACUGCCAGACCAGCACCACGUGCCGGGCAAGCUGUCGCUCAACUAUCUCAACCUCAACGUUUGUCCACAAUGGGUGACAUUGACACGUACGAGCUUGACUGGGAGAAAGCCGACAGCUUGCUGCCUAUUCCUGAGUACUCUGGUCCAUCACCUAGACCAACUUUCGACAAGCCCGACUGCACACAGCUGUCCAUUUUUAGCAAGAUUUUUGAUGACGAAGUAUGGCAGUUUAUCACGGAUUACACCAAUGUGUACGCAGAGGUGUUUCACACGGCCAAGCCCGAAUAUUUCACAACAAGUGGACAUCUCUAUCGGUUGGAGAGCUCCAGUGCUACAUUGCCUUGGUCAUCGCCAUGGGGAUUGUCAAGUUGCCGAGAGUUGCUUACUACUGGCAGCAAAAACAUUCGAGUCUCCGGCUGUUUGGAAUACCGAACGUUAUGUCAAGAAACAGGUUCACGGCAAUCUCCAGGUACCUCCAUAUAUCAAACAGGACCGAGGAACCGGCACGUGGUUCAGCGAAUUAUGACAAACUUUACAAAGUCAGAGAAUUCCAUGAUCUCUUGGUUAGGAAACAUCAGCCCCGUCGACAAAGCCAUGAUCCCGUUCAAAGGAUCCAUUGGCUUUCGUCAGUAUAUGAAGAAAAAAACCAACGAAAUGGGGCAUAAAGGUCUGGACACUCAGUGAUGCCAAAACCGGUUGCAUCUACCGUUCCUCUGUAUACACCGAAAAGAACCUCACUGAGAAACAGCAUGGUCUCCUUGGCAACCGGGUUGUGUAUGGACUUUCGUGGUUUGGAAGACCGAGCACUCCACCUCUACACUAACAAUUUCUACACCAACCCAGACCUGUACCUUCAUCUAAAAGAAUGGAAGAUCUUCGCUUGUGGAACGAUCAAGGACAGGAGGGUUUUCCACGAGAAAUACAGAUAACAAAGCCGAGGAGAAUCGCACAGCCAUUGGGAUGAUUGACUAAAGAGUCUCGUCUCCCCUGCUGUGUGUUACAUGGAAAGACAAACGUCUGGUGCGAGUGAUUUCCACUAUUCACCCCAUCAUGGAGCAUAGCAAAUGGUGCCAAGUGAGAAGAAGCUGGGGCUGUGAGCGUAUCAUGUUGGAUGGCCCUAUGGCAUUGAGAGAUUAUAACAUUUUUAUGAGGAGGGAGGUGGAUAAAGGCGAUCAACUCAUCACUCUUUACAACGGCGGCCGACAGACUAAAAAGAGUGGAAGAGGAUUUUCUGGCACGAUGCUGAAUCACAGUUUCUCAACGCACACAUUCUAUACAACAGCCAGAAACCUCGGAAACAACCCUAUCUCACAUUUAAAUCCAAAUUGGUUGAACAGCUCGUUGCAGGUAGGUCGUAUCGACUGACAGUAGGCGCACAGAGAGUCCAUGCUCUAGCAUCUCGACUCAACAAAGCCCUCGCGCAUGAAGUUCUAUUUGCUGAAGUUAGACGAGUCUGAGUCUGCAGUGAUACACUAACACAAGCUGGUUAUCCAGCAGCAAAUGCCACCAGGAUAAAGACCUAUUGUGGCGUCUGUGAUGUACACUUGUGUUGCAUAGUAAAACGACAAUGUUUCUAUAAGUACUACAGUGAGAGAAAUGCUGGGACUAGCUGGUUAGAACACAAAUGUAUUUUUGAAUGUGUAUAACGAAAACUAUGGCAAUAAGCAUUGGACAAAGCCCUGAUGACCAUGCAGCCAGCACUAUAUGUGCUACACGGUGUACUGUACCUACAAGAUAUGGUCGGAUAUCAAGAAUGCAAUCGAGGACCAAACACUGCAGAUGUAUUGGCCGAGU